CAACCACAAACCGGAGGACUGGGAGACUCUUGGCUUGGUUCAAGCGCAGCGUUGAGUGAGAGAGGGGAUAGCUCGGAACAGUCAGGGCUAAACUUUCAGGGAGUGUGACGAGCAGGUCGUGAAUAAAUUAACCGGGUCACCAUCCCCCGUAUUCAUUCCCAGCAAGAUGGCAGACGUAGAGCUGGUGAAGAAGAUGUUACGGGAGGUGCUGACGGCCAAUAAGAGCGGACCCGGGGUGUCUUUGUCCCGCCUCCAGUCUGAAUACAAGGAUCUGACUGGUGAACAGAUCCCUCAUAAGCAGCUGGGUCAUGGCAACCUGGACGCUCUGCUGCACAGCAUGCCCAGCGUGGUCCGCAUGGAGCGCAACCGCUCUGGGGAGAUGGUGUAUUUCGCCUCAGUCUCUGGGGAGACUGCCCACGUUGCCAAGCUGGUGGCUCGCCAGCGUACCUCGAAGAAGACUGGACGACCCCAAAUGGUCAACUGUCAGAUGAGAGUGAAGCCUGCCGCCCCUCUCGUCCUCAACGCCAAGCCCAGAACCUCCCUAAGACAGCCAGACCAUAGGGGUCGUGGUGUGGGGCGAGGAGGAGGAAGUGGAGGAGGCGGGGGCGGCCGGUCAGGGGGCCAACAUGACUUUAGACAGGGGAGGGACAUGAGGGACACCCAAUCAGAAGGGAAGACUAAUCAGAGUUCCAACCAGAACAAACCAACCCAUCAGAACACCCCUACCACCAGGAAGUCCUCUGUGCCCUCAGAGAGGUCAGACAAAAGGAUGACACUUCCAUCACGGUUCCAGAAGGAAGUGCACGCUCACCUAUCCAGGAAUACCCAAAGCAACACUCCCUCAAACCUCAACGAGAGUGCUGGCUCUGGGAAGCCCAAGCCACAGCACUCCCCCAAGGACUACAACCCCUCCUCUGCUGGCGGGAACUACAGCCCCCAGCAGGUGCAGGGGCGUCUCAGAGAGGUGCUGAACAAAUACAGUAAUGGCUUCUGGGUGUCUAAGUUACCCCAGCUCUACAGAGAACUGUACAAACAGGACCUGCCUAGCGAAGCACUCAAAGAUCUGGAGCACUGGACACACGUAUGCACUGUAGAGAAACCUUGCAGCAGUAACCCAAAAGAGUUACUCCUAUACCCAGCUAAAGAACCAACACAUACACAGACCCCAUCCCCUGUCCCUGCCAGAGUCCUAUCCCCCACCUCCGCCCCUUUCACUCCAUCCACGGACAUCAAACCCCAGUCAAAGCCCCCUACCAGCCCCCUACCACCACCUGAGCCCUCUCCCCCUCACCCCCCUUCCACCUCCCCCAGUCACACAGCCUCCCCCUCCACCCUCUCCCCCGACUUGAAACAGAAGCUCGGGGAGCUCCUGGUGAAAUACAGCAACGGUCUAUGGGCCCACGCCUUACCCAAACUCUACUUGGACACGUACAAGACAAAACUCCCCGAACACGUCCUGGAGAAUCUCUCGCUGCUCUCCGACUUCUGCACCGUAGACUACCCCAUGCCGGACAACCCCAAGAGGGCCAUCCUGUACAAGAGGACCAAGGAGGAGGAGAGCUGCAACAGGAGGGAGUCAGUGGAGGAGCGCAGGGCCAGAGAGGAGGUAGGGAGGAGGCUCAGUUCCCAGGCUGUACCUCCUCUCCUCAUCCCCAGGGAGGAGUACCCCUCUGUGCUGGUGGUGGAAGCUACCAAUACCAACGGAGUCAUACUUCGGUACAUAGGAGAGGGCUACUCCCAGGCCCAGGAGGCUCUGGAGGAUAAGAUGAGAGAGUUCUACUGUUGCCAAGACAACAACAGUCGUACCCCUCUGGCCUCUCCAACCUCGGGUCAGCUGACAGCCGUCAGGGCUGAGGAAGAGGAGGAGAUACUACGAGCACAAGUCACAGAGGUCAUGACCGACAAGGUCAAGGUUUACUAUGUGGAUCACGGGUUUUCGGAAGUCAUCAGCAAGGCCAAAGUGUUUGAGCUGCAUGAUACGUUUUUCAAGCUGCCUUUCCAGGCCACCAAGUGUAAAUUGGCUGGUCUGGAGACUUUCUGCCAGGAGCCUGCUGUUCUGAAGAAGUUUGAGUCCAUGGCUAGCGGAAAGAUCCUAUUGGCUGAGAUCCUGGAGAGAGAGCAGACCCCAUUGGUGGUCCUGUAUGACACGUCGCAGGAUGAUGAUGUUAACAUCAACGCAGCCUGUAUCAAAGCCCUGCAGGACAAGACCCUAGCCAGCCCACUACAGGUGAACAGUGCCUAUAUGAACGUGGCGGUGAGAAGUGUGUGUUCAGACGGGACCAUCUACUGCCAGCUCCCUUCUCGAGGCCUGGCCAAACUCACUGAGAUACUGGAGAAGACCGAGGCUUACUUCCACUCACAGGUGACAUCCGAGUUCCUGGUGUCUAGACCGUUCUGUGGUAAAGGCUGUCUGGCUCGCUACAAGGGCAAAUGGUCUCGCGUGGAGAUAACCAAUCUCCAUGGCAGCAGAGUCCUAGACAUCCUUUUCAUAGACUUGGGGGUCCAGGCCUCGGUGGAGGUGUUUGAACUGAGGGAAGUCCCGUCCCCUUUCCUACACGAACUGAUUGCUAUUCCACCACAGGCAGUGAAGUGCUGUCUGGCUGACCUGGCUGUUAGUGGUGUGGGCUCUUGGACCCCAGACGCUGUUCAGUGGCUCCGAGACGCCGUGCUCAACUCUACAGACUGUAGUAUGAAGAUAGCCAAGCUGGACAAGACCAAGCGCAGCGUAGUCCAUGUCUACCUGUUCACCGACAAGAACUUCCACGACCCCACGAGAAGCCUCAACCGCCAAAUGGCCGCCUCUGACCUCUUCAAACACCAAGGAGACGUCUUCCUAAGCAGCCACAGCCCUUCCAAGACCUCCAUCUGUACCUCCACUGCCACCCUCACCUCCACAACCACAACCACUCCCAGCUCCAAUGGGACCAAGCCCCAGCUACGACGCGCCCACUCUGGCUCGGGACCCCGGCCAAUGGGGGGUACAGGCACCCCUCCUGGAACUCCCCCACCUCCCUCAACCACCGCCCCUAUUAAGCUACCCCCGCUGCUGGACCUCCCUCCUGCAGGUCACAACAUGGAUAUCUAUGUGUCCGUGGCCUGCCACCCGGGUCACUUCGUACUGCAACCCUGGAGAGAUAUGUACAAGCUGGUAGUUCUGAUGGGAGAGAUGAUCCUGUACUAUAAUAAAACAGAGGAGAAGCCUCUCAAAGUGGAGAAGAAUCAGAUAUACGCUGCUAAGGUGGAGAACAAUUGGCACCGUGUGCUGGUGAAGGGGGUGUUGACCAACGGCCUGGUGUCUGUCUAUGAGCUGGACUACGGUAAACACGAGCUGGUCAGCUGCACCCAGCUUCGCCCACUAAUCCAGGAGUUCAGACAGUUGCCAUUCCAGGGCAUCACUGCACAACUCGCAGGAGUGAAGCCGAGGCAGUGGUCGGAGGAGGCUUCCAUCGUGUUCCGGAACCACGUAGAGAAGAAGCCGUUGGUGGCCCAGCUGGAGGCCGUACAGGAAGCGCAUCACCCCUGGGACAGGAAGUUGACCGUCUUCCUGGUCGACACCUCGCAGGAGGAGAGGGACAUCUGGGUGCAUGACAUCAUGGCUGAGUUCACAGACGAACUCACCAAAGAAGUGUAGUUGGAUAAACUGUGCACAACAGUGCAUCUAUAGUGCUGGUUAUGGCAGGAACAACUAGGUAGGUCUAUCCAAAACAAAUGUAAAAAAAUAUAUAUACACAUUUGUUUUGGAUACCUAAGUUUAGUUGGAUGCUGGACUUUGCUCCGUGCGUUGCUAUGAGAAACCAGAACGCUUGUUGGGGUUGCUAUGGGAGACCAUUGGGAGAUGGUUUAGAGAUAUGUCACUUAGACUUGUCAUUUUGUGUUUGAGAGUGAGGUGACACAGUGACAAUGAAACACACUCGCAGCAGCAUGGCAUGAUAUUUUCAUCAAAAGCUCAAUAAUAUCACCCUCGUGCUGACUUACCUUACAGCUUUGCCACACAGAGGAGUUGUCAUAGUGAACUGUUGAAUAUCUAGUCUCGUUAUGGGAUGGGUUUCCCAAAGCCUCCGUAGCUAAUAACAUGGUACAGUACUUUGUUUCUCUGGACAAACCAGACUCACACCACUUGUUGAACAGCAAAGUGCUUAAUUUGACCAAUUCCGUUCCUUAACUGGAAAACAUUGAUAUAUCUGUUUCUCUCUCUUGUCCAGGUUGUGGGAAAGAAAUAGCAGUCAACAUUCACUACAAAGGAUUUUGGAAACUCACCUAUGGCUAGUGGCUUUCAUUAGGCUACAGUGUCUAUAUAAAGAAUUUCUACUCUGGCUAUACAAGCUAUGGAAAUGUAUAUGUGGUGCAUUAGCUGCAUUAUCGAUCAACAAUGCACAAAAAGUAUUUAACUCAACUUGUAAGAGACUGGUUGGUUUAAAGGCCUUUACCAAUAGCCUGGUUAAACUAGAUUGAAAGGUGAACAACAGUAGUUAGUGCCGCAUUCGGUCUGUUAUAGCCAGGCUAACUUUACCAAGGUCUGGUAUAGCCAGGCUAACUUUACCAAGGUCUGUUAUAGCCAGGCUAACUUUACCAAGGUCUGUUAUAGCCAGGCUAACUUUACCAAGGUCUGUUAUAGCCAGGCUAACUUUACCAAGGUCUGUUAUAGCCAGGCUAACUUUACCAAGGUCUGUUAUAGCCAGGCUAACUUUACCAAGGUCUGUUCAUGGGAAUCUAAUAUAAAAGGUAUAUAUGUGAUACAUUAUCGAUCAGCAACGCACAAAAAGUAUUUAACUCCACUCAGAGACGGUUGUUAAUUGAGACACAGAGUUCCAGUAUGAAGGCCUUUACUGUACCCAGGCCUGUUUAUUUGAAUCUGACGUCAUGAAGGUUUACAAAACAUAGUUUAAAGGGAUAGUUCGGCAAUUAUUUUGUCCAUAGACCGCUUUCAAGGGAAGGAAACCUGGAUAAGUAAAUAAGUUACAAUCACUGAACUAUCACUUUAAGACAUUCCCUCUAGUGAAUUGAUGAUGCAAAGAAGCCAUUGUUAUUUCUUAUUUCUAUUUCCCACUCAUGUGACUUAGCUCGGUUUUAAAAACGUUGGUUUUAAUUUAUUUAUUUUUAAUUCAUUGAUUUUUGUGAUUUUGUGUCGGACAACAAGACCUUCUGCAGAUACAGUAUUCUUAGACCAGGAGUUUUGAGUGACCACGUGACCUGACGGAGAACAUUUUGGGGGCCCUAGCUACAGUAUUAGGUUAUUACUGUACUAUAGGGCCCAAAGUUUAUUUUUCUGGUUAUGUCAUCUAGGUCGGGAAAAACUCCUGGCCCUAGAUACGCUGCAUGUUAUGUUGGAAAUUGUGCUGAAUUGCGUGCACAUAAUUUGAUAAUACAAUAUAUGCUAACCGGUAUUUGUGUUUACCUGACAAUACUCUCUGCUUUACUGUUGGAGUGACGGGAUCGUUGGAGUUUUACUGAAAACAGAAUAAUUACAGCCCAGCUAGCACAUUUCGUUCCUUGGAAGUUGUGGGAACGUACGUUUUUGUUUUCCCGUUGGUUCUGGGAACGAAACCAUACGUUUUCUGACCGGUAAAACUGAAUGUUUUCUAACGUUCAAAGAACGGAGGUGAACAUUUUGCCUGUUGGGUGAAAGUCCAUUUUUAGGUUGCAGGAAGGUUCUGCGAACGUUUUACUAUGGUUCACUGAAAGUUUUUCUCUGAGGGUUUAUUAACGUUCUGAUAACGUAAAUUAUAGAUUAUUUGAAGGUAAUUAAAUAAGGAAUAACUUCAAACUUUCACUGAAUGUUUCAAUAAGAUGUUUAAUAACACUGCUAGCUUAGUUUAACUGUUUUAAACUCUAAGCACAGAUGGCACACAUGGGAAGAGAAAAAUAUAUAUAUUGUGACACGGCGUCAGUGAGAUUUUAACCAAUGAUCUUCUGUUCUUUAUCCAUGGAAUUAGUCUUCUGCGGCACCAGGAUGAAACUAGCAUGCCAUGUUUGUUUUUUUCAAGCUGUUCAUUUUAGUCAAUUCAAAAGACCCCAUUUCAAAGGAAACAAGCAAGUUUAGGUGUGGCCAAUUAGUGGCCACGGCAAACACACCUGAACACACUUAACAAGAUAGAGAAUAGAGAGGGUUUUGUUGAUGCUAAGACUGAAAUGUACGUGUUUUUAAAUAGCAUUAUUAGAACUUUCUCUGAAUGUUACUAAAGGUUUAUUACAUUUCCACAGAACAUUUGUUUCUUAAUGUUCUCUGAAUGUUCUGAGACAUUACUUUUAUAUAGAACCAUGAGGAAACCUGUAGAAAAUGUUAUAAUGAAGUACUGAAAUUCCCACAGGAGAACGUUGUUUCUUCACGUUCUCUGAGCAAUUUGAGAACAUGACUUUAAAUAGAGCCAUAAGUAAACAUGAAAGAAAUGUUAUGCUGAAGUACUGAAAUUCCCACAUGAGAACGUUGUUCCUUAACAUUCUCUGAACUAUUUGAGAACAUUCCCAAUGUCAAACCAGUUGGAGAAUGUUCCUAGAACAUUACCAACAUUUUAAUUCAAUGUAGCCAUGUUCUGUUCAUGUUCUGAAAUGUUUUGUUAAGGUAAUGAAAUACCAAGAAAAUAACAUUUUUGUCAAGUUCCUUAAACGUGCUGAGAAUGUUCCAAAUCCAAGCAACUAUCCUGCUCCAUUCCCAGAAAGUUGUGGGAAGGUUGUAUGCAAAAUAAUCAUAGGACAACCACAAUCUCACCAAGCUCUAAGAAACAUAUGGUUCUCAGAACGUUAUGUUCUAGCUGGGAGUACUCUCGCCUGGUCCCAGAUAUGUUUGUGCUGUCUUGCCAAUUCUAUUGCUACAUUUGCUAAUGGAGUUGGCUAAACAGUACAAACAGAUCUGGGACCAGGCUAUAUUUCCUUUGCUUCAGGGUUAUUAUUUUAUUUUCAUUUAGUUAACCUAACAUUUAGCCUUGGUUAAUUGCAUACAGUAUGUACAACAUUUUAGGAAUAAAGUUCUAAAAAAAUUA